AUGGCGGGACGGGUGGAUUUCUCCAACUGGUCGCCGAAUCGGAAGCUCUGCGAAGCCGAAGCAGGAGGAUUAGUAGCAGAAUGGACAGAGGAGGAAGUGAAGGCGGCAUUUAAGUCGCUAGCGAGGAACAAGUCACCGGGUGCGGAUGGCUUACCGAAAGAGCUUUUCGAGGAACACUGGGAUGUGCUCGGCAACAGUUUUAUGGCGUUAGUAAAAGAUUUCACCGCAACGGCAGAGCUCCCAGAUGAAGAGAAAGAAGCAGUUACUAUUCUCCUGCAUAAGAAGGGGGACAGGAGUCAGCUCAAUAACUACAGGCCCAUCACGUUGUUGAACUUCUCCUACAAAAUCCUGGCGAAGGUGCUGGCGGACAGGAUCAAGAGAGUUCUUCACCUGGUGAUAUCCCCGGAGCAGUAUGGCUUUAUUCCCGGGAGAAGGCUCGCUGAUGCAGUGGCGCUGGUAGCGGAUAUCAUUGACGCGGCAAAAAACGGGAACAAGGACUGGUAUUUGCUCCUAGUUGACUUCCAGAAGGCUUUCGAUUCGGUGUCGCGAUAUUUUCUCUUUAACACCCUCCGCGAUAUGGGCUUCCCGUCCCGUUUCAUGGCCUGGAUAGAGGGGCUGCACGCACACACCACAACGAAGCUGUUAGUCAAUGAUUGGACCGGGCGCGGCAUAGAGGUGGUCUCCGGCGUGAGACAGGGCUGCCCACUGGCCCCGUAUCUUUUCCUGUGUGCGGUGGAGCCGUUGGCACAAGAGGUUGAAAGGAGGCAGCUCGGGCUGAGUCUGGAGGGUCAUCGGCUGUCCUACCUGGGCUACGCUGACGACACCACCCUCAGACUGCAAGGGGAGGAACAGAUAACACAGGCGGAGGGAAUCCUGGAGGAAUUUGAGAAAAUGUCGGGCCUCGCGACGAACAAAGGGAAAUCGGUCAUCUUACCUCUUGGAGCAAACCUGGAAAAGGAGCCGAUGGGGAGUUUCAAAUGGGCGGAGCCGGAUGAGGCGGAGAGACUGCUCGGCGUGUGGGUGACCCCGAAUGGCAGCGGCCUGCCAACAUGGGAGAAGGCACUAGAGGAAAUUGCAAAAAGGCUGACGAAGUGGAAGCAGAAGUAUCUUACCACCAAGGCAAGAGCCGCUGUUGCCAACAGCUACAUCCACCCGGUCAUGGCCUUUCAGGCGCAAGUCUAUCCCCCCCCAGCAGAGGUCUGGAAGGAGUUGGAGGAGCUGAUUCACAAUUUUGUCUCAAGAAAUAAAGCAACGGCGGAGAAGGUUUUCACGCUUUGGAACAAGGACCUGUUAUACACAAAGCAUCGUGACGGCGGUCUCGGGGUGCAGGAUCCUUCCGUUAUACUGACCUGUCUAUCGGCCAGGAGAGUGGGUUUGUUGCUCACGGAAGUGAACGUGUUGAAGCGGGACCUGAUGAUGAGUGCCGCAGAUCUUCCGAUGGGUGUGGGCUCUUUCGUUGCGCACAACAACCUGCUUAAAAACUGGGACGGCCGGAGCCAGCGUUGGAAGCAGACAUGCAAGAGCUUCAUGUCAUCCCCACUCUGUUCCCUACCGGAGUUGACCACCAGAGAAGAGGUGGCGCGGGAAAGGCUGGUCUUCAACCGAAGGAUAUUGGUGGGCGUGACCGCACCGGUAGGAGGGCAACAGGCUGCGGAGAACCUAUGGGAGGUGACUUUAGGCGACCUGGUCGACAUGGAGCAGGGUACACAGCCGGUGCUGAAAAGUAUGGAGACUCUGUUGCUGGAGUUGGGGGGUAAAGGGCCGGCAAGACUGGCGCUGAAGGCCUUCGCAGCCGCUCCCAACAACUGGAAAGCACUUCUGCUAGACCUUAGGGGGAGCCCGGCUGACUCAACACCGCCAGAGGGGAGGUUAUUGCAACUGCCAAUUUUCGAGAACGGGCAGGUGGUGUCGCAGCGGCAGAUGAGGAAGCUUGUGAAAAAAAGACGAAAGGCUGGACGGGGGGGGGCCUUCCAUGCGGCGGUUUUGGAGGAGCAGAAAAUGCUGAGUCGGAUCCGUGUUGCUGACGAUAAGAAGUGGACGUGGACCAAGCAAUUCGAGUCCAUCUGGUCCAACCCCCGCACGGUGUUUAAUCCCCCGUAG